GAAGACUGCUAUAUAAUGAAUGAGCACAAGAAAGUGCCGUUUCCCUGGUGUGCACCCGAAUCGCUUAAGUCCAGACAGUUCUCUCACGCCAGUGACACCUGGAUGUUUGGCGUCACGCUAUGGGAGAUGUUUACCUUCGGUCACGAGCCAUGGAUUGGACUGAACGGCGCGCAGAUUCUCCAUAAGAUUGAUCAGGAAGAGGAACGCUUACCGCAACCAAAUGCCUGUCCCUUUGAGAUCUAUCAGCUAUUACUGCAGUGUUGGGCCCCUAAACCCAACGAUAGGCCCACAUUUGAGGCAUUGAAGGCAUUCUUUUGCGAGUCUCGUCCUCACAAACUGAAAGCUCUGACAAUGUUUGACGGAAACCCUGAAAAUCAUCCCAAACUGGCGACCGAUAAGACUGAGAGCAGUGCUAACAUCUAUUUAAAGGUUGAAGUUAGCGAUGAAAUCCAUGUU